CAAGCAAAAACAUACUAGGUAGUAACAUAUCUCGGUUUGAAAAAAACAAUAAUGACGAAACUAUUUAUCCUUGUAAUAAUUUCAAGCAUAUUGUUCCAACAAGUGACCCUAAUUCUUACAGAUGUUGGUACUGCUGCUUCUUAUGGACCUCCAUAUAUACCUACUUCUUGUGAUGGAAGUAGGAGAGAGCAGUUUCCACCAGGUAACAUAUUUGUGGCAGUGAAUGAAGGGUUAUGGGAUAAUGGUGCAGCAUGUGGAAGAAGAUAUAGAGUGAGAUGUGUGAGUGGAAUCAAUAAGCCAUGCGAAGGUGGUAGUAUUGAUGUUAAAGUUGUUGAUUCUAUUACUUCUUGUUCAAAGUCUUCAUGCCCCCACACUUUUCACAUGUCAACUGAAGCUUUUUCAGCAAUCUCACGUUUUCAAAAUGCAAAUAUCAAUAUUGAAUAUAUUCAGAUAUGAUGGAUAUAGGAAAUUCGACUGAGACUAUAGCUUAAAUGUUGCAGAAAUUAGUGCAAAUUGAGAAGAGUAAUGUGUAACACAAGUAUAUGGGAAUUGAAUAAGUACACGAUAUAGAUUUUAUGCAAUAUAUAAUCUUUUGAAUGUUUGCUUUUUCUCUUUUAAAAUUUAUAGCAUUUCUCAUGAUCCACGUAUUCUAAGAAGUAGCAAAUUGAUUAAUGUUUUUCUCAAGUUUUCACUUUUUUAAUCGAUGUACAUUAUUAUAAAAAAUAUAUUUUAUCUUGAAUGUGAAAUACAUUUAACCUCGGCGACUGAAAUGAGGUAACGAAGGGUGUUAUGAAAAGUUGUCACUUUACCUUUCGAUAAAUAAAAAACCGAAGAUUUAAGUUAUCUUACAUGGAUUUGAACCCUCACA